AUCAUAUCUAACGGCGGUGGUGUGGCGGCGGCUUCGAGCUGAUUCACGAGUUUCAGGACGAAAUGGCCACCAUAAAGCACUAAAACAGGAGGUGGGAGGAUGUCUGUGGAGGUGGACGUAUUGCUGCAGGAGGCGAAAGAAAGCAUCGAGGCGGCCCAGAACUACCGCAGUGAACUUCAGCAGCGCCUGCAUGGCCUCAAUCAGGCCCGCAAACAGGUUCGGGGAAGCUCAGGACAGGCCCGUGAGGCCCUGCGGAGGCACUUCGCAGAGCUACAGGCAGCAGCAACUCGGUUGCUGACAGAGCGACUGACCACCCUGCUGGCUGAAGUGGAUGUUAUCGAGGCAGACAGCGUCAAACCGUUGGAUGACUGUCAGAGCCUCAUCGAGCACGGAGUGGGCCAGGCCGACGAGCUGCUGAGAGAGGGGGAAGCAGCUCUGCGUUGUGGUCUUGGAGAGAAGGAGGACAAACUGGGAAGUUUCACCAAGAAGGCCAUGCAUAUCCAACUGGACAGUCUACCAGAGGUACCAGCAUUGGUGGACGUGCCGUGUGUUUCGGCCCAGCUGGACGACUCCCUGCUGGGGCUGCUGAGGGACCGGGUCUCCCGCCACGGCGCCGUCUCCUCCCACCCACCCGUCCAGAUAGAAGAACUGCAGGAGAGACCGGGUAGUAUCCUGGUCCGCUGGUGCAAGGUGGAUGAGGACUUUGCAGCAGCAGAUUAUCGGCUGCAGCACCGGCGGUCCGGCAGUGGGGGGAGCCAGUAUGAGGAUGCCUACAUAGGGCGGGACAGUGAGUUUCUGGUUCUCCACCUGGACCCUCACACGGAUUAUCUGUUCAGGGUGUGCGCCCGCGGGGAGGGUCGCACCGAGUGGAGCCCCUGGAGCAUCCCUCAGACAGGAUACACCACACUUGCACCGCACGAGUGGUGUCCGGGCACUGAGGGCUACAUCCUGAGCAGCAGGAAAAACAUUGCCCUGCGCAAUGACUCCUCCCAAUCGCGCUGCCCCAUCCUCUACUCCAACGCACCCACCUACUUCUGUGGCCAGACACUGACCUUCAAGAUCUCUGCAGCAGGUCAUAUGGAUCGGAGGGACAGUCUGGGCGUGUGCGUGGACAGCGAGAAGGGGGCACAGUCACUUCAGAGAGACCAGGCUGUCUGCAUUUCCACUAAUGGUGCUGUAUUUGUAAAUGGUAAAGAGAUGACCAACCAGCUGCCCGCCAUCACCAUGGGCUCCGCCGUGACCUUUGACAUGGAAGUGGUGAAUCUUUUCCCCAUCAGCAACAAUAACCUGAGCGAGGGCGGCAACUUCAAGCUGAGGGUGACCAUUGGCUCAGGGAACAGGGAGGUGGUGUUCGACUGGCUGGUGGACCAGGCGGUGGACUGCCUCUUCUUCGGCUGCUCUUUCGUCCACUCCGGCUGGAAAGUGCUUGUGUUUUAAAGAGUGAAGCGAGAAUGGAUCCUUCAACCUGCUGGAGUUCGGGAGAUCCUCACACUUCAGUCUCCGUUUCAGCCAACACGUCUUCUCCAACCAGCGUUCUUCAGAGAUGUUUCCUUUAUUUUUCUGCUGAUCUGAUGUCAGUGUUUUGUCUUGGAUGGGUCCAGCUGAUGGUACAGAUUUCCUGAAACCAGUGAACACAACCUCACAGUACCUUCUACUCAUCUGAGGGAGGAAAAACUGAUAGACCGAACCACAGUGAAGCAAUAGUUUGUGUUUGACAGUCAAAACAGUGACAUCUGCUGGUCAAAGAGUUGCAUUUGUUUUCACUGCUGUCAUCCUUGUUGUUUUGUUCAAUAAAGAUCAUAUCAUGUAAA